AUUGUAAGUUAUUUUGGAAAUUGAUUGUUAACUACGUCGUUUAAAGGUUUUUGUGCUCUGUUACUUUAUAAAAGAGCAAACCCAUGUCCGAGAAAAAAAAAAGUAAAACCCUAAUUCCAUUGAAACAGAGAAAGAGGAAGAUGGUUUUCUUGCCAGAUGAUCUGUGUGCAACAAUAUUAUCGAGACUACCGAUAAAAGUCUUCACAAGUUUUAAACUGGUUUGCAAGCAAUGGAACUCAGUUGUUGACUCUCGGAUUUUCCGCGAACUUUUCAUAGCUCAACACCAAAACACUCAAUCUUCUUCAUGGUCGCUCAUCAUGGGUGCAGUUGAUAGGACAGAGUUCUUGGCUCACUACAGAUGCAACACUUGGGGACUUCAACGGUCUUUCGUUACCAACAAGUUCGAGAACCAGAGACACAAUUACCGACGAGGCAGGGUCGUGGCUUACAGCGAUGCUGGGUUUGUUUUGAUCGAUGUAUUAUCUUACAGCUAUGCUGGGUUGACUUUCGAUAAACGAUCUCUGUGCGUGGCUAAUCCAGUUUCACAGGAAUGCAUUGAAAUUGAUGCUCCUAAAGCGUUUGAAAAUAGUGGAAUUUUCUGGCCUUUAGGAAUCGCCACACGAACUAAUAACGGCGUCGUUACAAGUUAUAAAAUUGUUGCGUUUUCAUCUGAGAGAUACGUUGAGAACUUAGGUGUGAUGAUAUAUUCAUCUGAGACAGGUUUGUGGAGUCGCAAAUUGCAUCUCCCUUCUAAGCUUGAGAGUUGUCCCUAUACAAUUAGCUUGAACGGAAAUCUUCACUGGCUAUCCCGGAAUAAUGAUGAACUUGUAUCUAUGGAUUUCAACGCCACUAACAUGGCAUCUGGUCCAUUCCGUUACACGGCUUUCCCUGAUUUAGAAAAACGUGUCAAAUUCACAAGAGCUUGCACAACUUACCAAGGAAGUCUCAUGUAUAUGAACAUAGUCUCUCAAGUGGGAAGUGUAGAUCAUAAGUUAUGUGUAUGGCGGCUCAAGAGCUGGGAAUGGCAACUAAUAUCUAAAAUCUCUACGGCUUUGACUGAGAUCAAAUUCGAUUAUAUUCCGUUGAGAAUUAACCCUUGUGAUGCUACAACAGCCUACUUUCUCAGCCAGAAGCACCAACGUUUGAUAGCUAUUAACUUACGCAAUGGGGAGCGUAUGCUCCACAGGGAGUUGGAACUUAGCAGCGGUGGGCGCAUUCUGAGAUCUCUUCACUACCCGCAAGGUUCUUAUUUUUACUCAUUCGUUCUCCCACAGUGGCUGUAUCGGUUACCCAGGCAGCAACGGUGAGAAGAGUAUUUGAGAGCCUGUAUUACUGAUCCUACUUUUUUUUAUAAUUACUGUUAGUCUUUUAUACAAGAAGUUGUAAGAUGGUGCUUGUUUUUUAAG